AUGGGUUGCGUCUAAAACAAAGCCAAACUAUCCAUGUCCUAAAGAAUUAUACAUUUAUAAGAAAAGUCUGCUUCAAUUGCAAUUCAUCAUUAAUAAUUUCAGAUCAAAGAUCAAUAGUACAAUAUACUCAAAAAUCCCAUAAUGAGGAGAAGAGAAUAAAAGAAAAGCAAAAUCUCUUACACCAGUGCAUGUACUCCCAUUAUGAAUGACUGA